AUGGACGCUACUACAACAAUUGAAUCCAAGGCCACAGCUGUGGUCGACCAGAUUUGGAGUCUGUUGGCAACUGGUAUGGAGGAGGUAUAUAUUGGCGAGGACAUCUCGCAGUUGGAGCAUGCUCUGCAGGCUGCCAACUCGGCUGCCUCUGCCGCAUGUGACGACGAGACUGUUCUCGCCGCACUCUUGCACGAUAUUGGUCAGUUCGUCGUCGCCCACGAUAUGCAGCAACAGAUGUUAAUGACUGACGAGUCGGGCAACACAGUCAGUGUUGGCGCUCACGGCCACGAGCACAUUGGUGGCAAGUACCUGCGCGACCUCGGCUUCUCAGACAAGGUGGCUCAGCUUGUGGAGGCUCACGUCAAUGUCAAGCGCUACUUGACCGGCAAGGAUGAUCAGUAUUACAGCUCGUUAAGCGAGGCGAGCAAGUCAUCACUGCGAUUCCAAGGUGGUCCAUUCAAUGCCGCCGAGGUCGCCCAGUUCGAGGCCUCCGACUACUUUGCACUCAAGGUUCAGCUCAGACGAUGGGAUGAUGCAGCCAAGGUUGUUGGUAUGGUGACCCCAGAUCUCGCAUCCUACCGCUCGAUGGCCAUCAAUCACUUGAUCAAGCAGCAGAGCGCUGCUGGUCUGGUCCAAUAA